CCGUCAGUAUAACGACGAAAUCGAGGGGUUGAUUUCACUGGGUCCCAGCAAAAACGUGGUGAAGCUCAAGAAUUGAGCUGCCCUUAUUUGGGAAUAACCAUCAAUACUAUUCCAUUAUUUAUGCAGGAAACCAAAAAAAUUCAGAAGCCCAAUUGAAAAACGAAAUACCCUUCUACUGCUAUCAUGGCGCCAGGACCAACCAGCACGAGCUGGGAUCACGAGUAUAACACUCUUCGCCGAGAAAACCUUUUCAGGAACCCCCCGUCCGAUCGCUCUGCAUAUCCUCUCUUGCAGGAAGCCGUAAACCCACAUAUCGAAUCUUUCGACGCCCUCUUUGGCAGCGAGGGCCUGCUUGUCCAUGGGCUUGCCGACAUUGGCACGAGGAUAUUCUUAGACGGAGAUGAACGCGCUCCACUGGCUGGGAAAAAUAAGCUGAGCAUAAGAUGCAAAGGGAUACAUCUUCAGAAAUCGCAAUUACCGCCCACCAAUAAAUUUGCUGUCAAAAACCGAGAAAUCCUCCCGGCAGAAUGCAGAGAACGACAUGUAUCAUAUAGAGGGAAACUCUCUGCUACUUUUGAAUACAUAAUAAACAAUGGUGAUCCGAAAGAAUUCACCCGAGAGAUUGGUCAACUUCCAAUCAUGGUGAAGUCAGGUUACUGCCACCUCAGAGACAACAGCCCGGCGCAGUUAGUUGCGCGCAAAGAGGAGUCAGAAGAACUGGGAGGGUAUUUCAUCGUGAACGGUAUUGAGAAGAUAAUACGACUUCUUCUAGUCAACCGAAGAAACUUUCCUUUAGCGAUCAAUCGUCCAAGUUUUACAAAUCGUGGUCGGUCCUAUACACCUUACGGUAUCAUUCUUCGGUCAGUACGACCAGAUGAAACCUCGCAAACAAAUGUCCUCCAUUACCUAAACGACGGUAAUGUCACCUUCCGUUUCUCGUGGCGAAAAAAUGAAUAUCUGGUCCCAGUUAUGAUGGUCCUUAAAGCACUUGUGGAGACAAAUGACCGAGAAAUUUUCGAAGGUCUGGUCGGUUCACCUGAUUCGAAAGGUGUCGAGAACACAUUCCUUACGGAUCGCGUCGAACUCUUGCUACGAACCUACAAAACAUACGGAAUUUACACAAUGGCACAGACUCGAGCGUAUCUUGGUGAAAAAUUCCGGCCAGUUUUAGGAGUACCUGACACAUUGUCGAAUUAUGAAGUAGGAACCGAAUUUUUACGCCGAAUCGUCCUCGUCCACUUAGGGAACAUAAAUGUUACCGAGCAACAAGAUUCGGACAAAUUUCGCAUGUUGCUAUUCAUGAUCAGGAAGCUCUAUGCCCUGGUUGCUGGAGACUGCGCAGUAGACAACCCAGAUGCGGUCCAAAAUCAGGAAAUUCUUUUGGGUGGAUUCCUUUACGGCAUGAUAAUAAAGGAACGAAUUGAUGAAUUGCUCUCGGCAGGGAUACGGUUGUCGAUGCGAGAAUAUAUGAGGAAGUUCCCGGGGAGAUCAUUUGCUUCAGAUGAGUUCGCCAAGGAUUUUCCUAUCAAAAUAUUCCAGAAGGCAAACGAGAAUGUCGGCAACGCCCUCGAGUAUUUCCUAUCAACCGGUAACUUAUCAAGCCCGUCUGGUCUAGACCUUCAGCAGGUAUCGGGUUUCACCGUUGUUGCUGAGAAGCUCAACUUCCUUCGUUUCAUUAGUCACUUCCGAAUGGUGCAUCGAGGUAGUUUUUUUGCUCAGCUCAAGACCACAACGGUACGAAAGUUGUUGCCUGAGUCCUGGGGCUUCCUUUGCCCUGUACACACUCCAGAUGGUUCGCCAUGUGGUUUACUUAACCAUCUUGCACAUAAAUGUAAGAUUAUGACUAAGGCUGUCAAUGCUUCAGUAAUUCCACAGCUAGCCGCCGAGCUUGGCGUCGUCGAUACUUCAUCUGCUGCUACGGAUGAAAGCGUUGUGGUUAUGUUAAACGGAAAGAUUAUUGGCUGGUGUCACCCAUCUGAAUCGCGCAGAAUCGCAGACACGUUUCGAUACUGGAAAGUCGAGGGAUCCCAUGGUGUACCUGUGCACCUGGAAAUUGGUCAUGUCCCAUCUUCUAAUGGAGGAUCCUACCCUGGCAUAUAUAUGUCUUCCGAGCCAGCUAGAAUGGUCAGACCGGCCAAAUAUCUCCCCUUAGAAAAGGAGGAUUUUGUUGGCUCCCUUGAGCAGCCAUAUAUGUCUAUUGCUUGUACAGAGCAGGAAGUUGUCUCGGGAGAAUCAACGCACGUUGAAUUUGACCCUACGAAUAUUCUUUCUAUAUUGGCAAAUAUGACCCCAUUUUCGGACUUCAACCAAUCCCCAAGAAACAUGUACCAGUGUCAGAUGGGUAAGCAAACAAUGGGAACACCAGGGACGUCCCUUGUGCAUCGAACAGAUAACAAGAUGUAUCGUCUUCAAACAGGUCAAACACCUGUUGUCCGAUCUCCGCUACACAAUGCAUAUGGCUUCGAUAACUUCCCCAAUGGCACAAAUGCCGUCGUCGCUGUCAUAUCAUAUACUGGAUAUGAUAUGGACGACGCUAUGAUAUUGAAUAAAUCGGCACACGAACGAGGUUUCGGACACGGAACGAUCUACAAGACCAAAAAAUAUUCCCUCAAAGACGAAAGUCGUACUAAGACAGUCAAAAAUGUAACCAAAAUGUUUGGCCACGCUGAAGGAGCUGGUGUGAAGGGGUGGACGAAGACGAUGAUAGAUGAGGAUGGUCUCCCAAUUAUUGGACGAAUGGUUCAAGAAGGUGAUGUCAUUUUUGCUUAUCACACGGUCUCUGCGGAUUACAGUGGUAAUCUUGUGAACCGUGACGGUGUCACCAAGUUCGAGAAGUACAAGGACUCGGAGCAGGCCUUCAUCGAAGAGGUUCGAUUAAUCGGCAGUGAGCAGGGUAAUGAGCCUGCCCAAACGAUAUCGAUUAAAUUCCGUGUCCCUCGAUCACCAGUUAUUGGUGAUAAAUUCUCGUCACGUCACGGCCAGAAGGGUGUCUGCUCGCAGAAAUGGCCAGCCAUUGAUAUGCCAUUCUCAGAGUCAGGCAUUCAACCAGACAUCAUCAUUAACCCUCACGCCUUCCCCUCCCGAAUGACAAUCGGUAUGUUCGUGGAAUCACUAGCCGGAAAAGCCGGCGCACUUCAUGGGUUGGCACAGGACUCAACGCCUUUCCGUUUUGACGAGGACAACACAGCCGCCGACUAUUUUGGCCACCAGCUUAUGAAGGCUGGUUACAAUUACCACGGAAAUGAGCCUAUGUAUUCAGGGAUCACUGGUGAAGAGUUGGCUGCCGAUAUUUACAUAGGCGUAGUAUAUUACCAACGGCUACGACACAUGGUUAACGACAAGUACCAAGUCAGAACAACAGGACCAGUAGUUCCCACAACUGGCCAACCGAUCAAGGGCAGAAAACGAGGUGGUGGUAUCCGUGUGGGAGAAAUGGAACGAGACGCUUUAUUGGCACACGGGACGGCAUUCCUUCUUCAGGAUCGUCUCUUCAAUUGCUCGGAUUACACACCAUCGUGGAUCUGCCGUAGGUGCGGCUCCUUCUUGUCAAUACAACCAACGGUGUCUCCUUUUGUCGGCAGAAAGAAGACAGUCAAUGCCGUUCGAUGCCGGAGCUGCGCAACUCGCCUUGAUCAGAUCAAUGACGUUGACCUUACCAAGUUAGCGGGUGAGAUAUGGGAAGACGGACAAGGGAACCAGUGGGUCGGAGGUGAAGACACGACGAAAGUAGCAGUUCCUGGUGCUCUAAAGUACCUUGAUGUGGAACUAGCGGCUAUGGGUGUCAAAUUAAAAUACCGAGUCGAUCCAAAGGAUGCUCCACGAAAGGGGCCCUUAUUGCAGACAAACUGGACCAGUAUUUCUGCGGGGAAGAAAGCAAACAGCCUUCCGCCGGCCAUAGCGGCCGCAUAGACGGCCAAAUAUGGAAAUUUGAUAAAAUACUAGUCGCAUUAGACGGAGUUGAGAGGGUCUUCGGGUUUGAAAAUGGACAGUUUCGGUACCAGUAAUACAAACAAAUAAUUGAUUUUCUAAACUAAGUAUAUAUCCUAAGGUCGUUCUGGAAAUGUCUUUAAAUUGGUUAUUGAGGACGUCGGCUAGGUACUGUCACAUCGCUAGCGACACGACAUGCAAGUAGCCGGCGUGAUGACCAACUACCCAGUUUGUCUCAGAACGGCUACCUUCCCGUGUAUCCACGCAAGCAGUCAUGCGCGGCGCCGUUCGUUCAAGUAAUUUGCGUGGCUACCCAAUUGACGGGCCCUUGUUAUGAAUUCUGAUAGGUGUUCUGGGUUUAAUGAUGUUGAAAAGUUUUAAGGGCCAGCGUCCCUUCAAACGCGGGUUCCCAUCUUAUUACCAAGAUACCCGCUGUCUCCUAUGAAGAGUAAAGAGAUGGGAUCCGAAUAUUCAUUAAGAUGGAGCAACUGACCGUAAAAUAUAGUAUCGAUACCUAGGUAAUUACAGCUACUGAUAAUUUUAAUUACCCCAGGCACCUGCCUCCUGCCUCCUGCUUUCAGAA